ACCAUAAUUAAUUAUCUCCACUUUUCUGCUUCAUUAUGCAAUUUGAUUGAGUGAAAGUAUUUUCAUUCAUAAUAUUGCAUCUUCUCGUUCUUGUUCACGCGUACGCCUGCAUUAUGAGGAUCUGGAAGUUGCUGGAUGCUGGGGCAAUCACAGAGGCACCGAGAAACUGUUGAAAUAUGAGUGAAGAAAAUGAAGCUCUCACGCUUUGAAGAUAGUUUUCUGCGGCCUGCUGUUUGUUUAUAGGAAAAUAAAAUUAUCCUACUAUUUCUGUUGGAUCAUUUUUAAAGGAAAACGACAUCCAACCGUUUGCUGCUGAAAUUCGUGUUGAAGUGAGACCCGCAGAGUGAGCAUCGAAGUGACAGCAUAACCGCGCACCGUACCACUAGAUAAAUCUGUCCUGUCAUUAACGUUCGCGUGUUUAGUGUAGAUUCAAACUGUAGCUUGUUUCGGUGGGAAGUGGCGGUGCUCUCUCGAUGCGUUUAAGCACAUUAGUCGUACGUCAGAUACGUCGUCGUCACAAAUCCGGACCAGUUUGAGCAACUAGUAGAAGAGUGUAAAUAAAUAGUGCAGGAGGAGAAAAUAUGAAAACAAAAAGUCGACGUGGUUUGUUACUGCUUCCUAUUGGUAGUGGCAAUAAUGGUGCUAGUAGCGAUUUCUGGUGGUAUAAUAAUCGUUUUCGUUUAGUAUAUAUUCACAACAAGUGAUUUGCCCUCGUCGUGUUAAACGGAGGAUAAUUGUGUGAAGCUGGAGUGUGCAGUGUUCGGUGCUAUGGCGGUUCGCUUCACCAAUCACCUAACGAUGAAGGGCCACGUGGUUCUGGUGCUGUUGAUAUUGUUGCUGUUUCAAAUCUACACUAGCAGCGUGCAUGGGCUAAGUCCCACGCUGCAAACUACGAGUCAGACUAAGUUGAUGUUGAAGGAGAGUUUGUUGAUUCCAUCGAUGGAUUCGGAAAAGGAAGCGAAGGCAAUGUACGAAAAAGCCUUACAGCAGUACGGUAUUGUUGGCCGAACGUUAAAGGAAAUUUGUAAACCGUGGCAGUCCCGAGGUUGCCAGUGUGUCGGAUCGUCUGAAGAGGUAGCCCUGAUAUGUAGAAAUAUAGGGCUUGAUGCAGUGCCGACCGAUUUGCCUGCCGAGCUUGUUAAACUUGACCUCAGCAGCAACAACAUCUCUUCCUUACCAAAUAAGCUAUUCAGCGCGCUGCCAAAUCUGGAAGAACUAAUUCUUUCCAACAAUAGGAUAGAACGAAUCGACACCGAAGCAUUCUUCGGGCUGUCGAGCCUGAAAAAGCUGGUGCUCCAAAAUUGCGGCCUCGCUAGCAUUCCAUCGGAUGCCCUGCGACGAGUUCGCACCAUUUCCUCCCUCCAGCUGGACGGCAACCUGAUAGCCGGAGUGGAGAAUGUAACCUUUCGAGGGUUCAACUAUCUGAAGAGUUUGAGACUGGAAGGCAAUCUGCUGCAACGGAUCCCGACGGAGGCGUUGAUCGGAUUGAGAUCACUAGAAGCUUUAAACUUAGGAAAUAAUUUAUUAACUAUUAUUAAGGUUGGAGAUUUUCCGCUUUUGGAGAAUUUACAUAUUUUAUUAGUCAAGAGGAAUCAAAUAAGCGAAAUAACUUCCGGUGCUUUAGCCAAUUUAACUCGUUUAAAAGUUUUAGAAUUAGAUGAUAAUGUACUAAGUUCAGUGCCUGCUGGCUUGGGAAAUCUCGGGAUGCUGCAGGAACUCUCAGCAUCCGGCAACCGUAUCCGAUGGAUCUCAAAGGAUGUUUUCCCGAAAAAUCUAGUCACGCUAGAGCUCAAGUCCAAUCCGUUGGUUGGCAUCAAGCCAGGUGCACUGCAGAAUAUGUCACGCCUCCGGAAGUUAAUUCUUUCCGAUGUCCGGGGCCUCCAAGAACUACCUCCACUAGAUGGCUGUAUUUCGCUGGAAGUGCUGCGAAUCGAUAGGGCGAAUCUAACCAAAAUACCUGACCAUAUUUGUAAGACUUCACCGCGCUUAAGAAGUUUAGACUUCAAGUCCAAUCGAUUGAGAAGCAUUCCAAAUAUGACCAACUGUCGUGAUUUAAGAGUUUUAGAUUUAGCUGCUAAUAGCAUAAGCUCGCUCCAUGGAGCACCAUUCUCUAGUCUCAGCCAGCUGCAUGAUCUGCUCCUUUCGCACAACGAAAUCGAAUCGAUUCCGAACGAUGCAUUCACUGGCCUGUUCCGGUUGCAAGUAUUGGACUUAGAAGCCAACCGUAUAUACUUCAUCCACCAGAACGCAUUCAAGCAACUAGUCAAGCUGGAAGAUUUGAAUCUGGGCAACAACAUUUUUCCGCAUCUUCCAACGGUUGGAUUGGGCCGGCUGCUGCAUUUGAAGACAUUUAACAAUCCAAACUUACGAGAAUUUCCACCGCCGGAAGCAUUUCCGCGUGUGCAAACGCUUGCACUGUCAUACGCUUACCACUGCUGCUCGUUCCUGCCAUUAGUGGCCAGUGCUCCCAAAGUUCCUAAAUAUCACCCUAUUAAGGAGGAGGUUUUAUUUCCGUCUGACAACGAGUUCGACAUGAGCUUAUGGAAUAACAGUUACAACGAUUUGUGGCCCCAACUACAUAACCUCAGCAAAAAGUUCGGUACACAGAUAAACGACUUGCUCCACUCGUACGGACCGGAAUACUACCCUGGCGGUAUGCCGACCUAUCCAGAGGAAUAUUUCGAAGAGGAAGGCGGUGUAACACAUGCCAUGCCAACGGCACAGCCAGGCAGCAUCCAUUGUCUUCCAGAGCCGGGCCCGUUUAUGCCUUGCCAGGAUUUGUUCGAUUGGUGGACCUUACGUUGCGGCGUUUGGGUAGUGUUUUUACUGGCCAUGUUGGGCAACGGAACCGUCGUUUUCGUACUAAUAUUCUCCAGGUCAAAGAUGGAUGUACCUCGAUUUCUAGUUUGCAAUUUAGCAGCAGCCGAUUUUUUUAUGGGAAUCUAUCUAGGAUUUUUGGCCGUUGUUGAUGCGUCUACAUUGGGAGAGUUUCGAAUGUAUGCGAUUCCUUGGCAGAUGAGUGCAGGAUGUAAACUGUCCGGUUUCCUGGCAGUUCUAUCUUCGGAACUGUCCGUCUAUACGCUAGCAGUUAUAACACUGGAACGCAAUUACGCCAUUACCCAUGCGAUGCAUUUAAAUAAAAGAUUAUCACUAAGGCAUGCAGGGUACAUCAUGACAAUCGGUUGGGCUUUUGCCAUAACAAUGGCAAUCCUUCCGUUGUUUGGAGUUUCGGAUUACCGAGUAUUUGCCGUGUGCUUACCGUUCGAAAUCAACAGCGGAACCGGAAGUUUAGUGUACGUAGUGUUCCUGAUGUUUAUCAAUGGAGUGGCGUUUCUUAUCCUAAUGGGAUGCUCUCAAGCGUGGAACUCAAACGACUCCCGAAUAGCAAAACGUAUGGCACUGCUAGUCUUCACCGACUUUAUAUGUUGGUCCCCGAUUGCUUUCUUUUCCUUGACUGCUGUUUUCGGACUGCAUCUAAUCUCUCUAGAACAAGCCAAAGUGUUUACCGUGUUCGUGCUACCUCUAAAUUCCUGCUGUAAUCCGUUCCUGUAUGCCAUUCUAACCAAACAGUUCAAGAAAGACUGCGUCCUCAUUUGCAAAGCAAUUGAGGAGUCCCGAGUAACUCGUGGAAUCGGUCGUUGUCGACAUAGUUCUAAUUUUAGUAACCGCCACACACCGGCCAAUACCAACUCUUUGGUAGAACGGUCAUCUCGAGAGCUUCCGCCAUUGCUUCCUGGCCAAAUGUGCAACUGCUCGGCCAAACUCAUGGAACAGGAGAACAUGAGACGUCGCUUUCAGCAGGAAAAUACCUUUUCCAAAACGUGGCGUCGGCUGUUGUGCAAUCUCGGACAGCAGGGGGACAACCGCCGUGGGGGCCGAAACGGCGAUCAGUACGCCUAUCAGAUCGCUGAAAUACAGCAGAAGCAGCAUAAGCGAACAGGUUCGAUGUCAUCCAGCGAAAAUUUCAGCUCAUCGCGAUCCGAUUCCUGGCGGCAUGCCCAGCACCAUUGCGGUAUUCCAUUGCGGCUGCUGGAUCCUAAACGGCGGCACACUUCGUGGCUGAUCACCCGUAAGACAUCACAGGACUCGAACUUGUCCAGUUCGCGUAACGAUUCGUCCGGCUCGACCGCUACGCAAAGUACCGGAACCUGGCGGAUAUCGCGAUCCAGUGCCAGCAAUUCGGUGGUACUGCCUGGGCUGAAAAUUGAUGGCGCUCCGCAUCCACACCAUACAAGCGGUGCUCGGCAGUCUAUACCUGGUGGCAAGCCACGUUUGGUUCGACAAUCUGCCGUGCAGGAUGAUUCCCAGGAACUAUCUUGCUCACCUCCACGGCUAGGAGUUCGCUUUCUGCCCACGAUACCAUCGGCGGCUGACAGCAGCGUACAGUUGGAUGACGACACAGCAGAGGCGCAUUCCAGUCCUGGCUCCAGUCAUGGCGAACGGGGGGCUGAUGAAUCAACAGCAGCGGCGGCGGCGGCAGCAGCAACAUCGGCUGCUGUUGGAGGUAACGCUAGUCCAUUGUCACCGUCGCCAUUCUAUGCUAUCUUGCACAGUGGAAAUCCUCAAGCAGCUGUAUCUAGUCUCAAGGAUAAAACAAAACCACCGUGAGCUAAACUAGUGGUCGCCGAUCAGCUUUAGACUAAGCGAUGCUGCAAGUAUUAGGUGUGAAAAUGCUUAGUCAGUGUUCACUAAUUAGUCAAAACGAUGAAGUAUUCCAGAAUCUUCAAAAAAUAAUGUUGAUAAAAAAUUCAGUUAUUCCUUUCCCAACAAAUAUCUA